UUCAGCAGUGCGGGAUGAACAGCUCAUUAGAGCUGAAUUAGCCUGUAGCCCAGUUCAGCAGUGCGGGAUGAACAGCUCAUUAGAGCUGAAUUCGCCUGUAGCCCAGUUCAGCAGUGCAGGAUGCUCAUUAAUCACAGCCUUAAUGAGGUUUCUCAGCCCCUUUUUCACAUGCUUAUUAAACCCAUCAGAGUCCAACCCGCUGGAAACGUCACAGGGAUUUGUGUUCGCUGUUAUGUACACACUGACAUGUUACUACGUGCUUUCUGCUCAGCGUAGCCUCGCUGCUCACUAUGGGGAUCAUGUGCUAACUGUCGGUUUCUGUCCCCAGCUAACCUCACUAGUCAUUCAAAUUAUGAAAUGCAGUUGAAGGCUUUUUUUAUUCACCCACAGGUGAUUAUAUUAUCUAGUUAAAGGUUUUAUUUGGGCCUGCCAGUAAAUCUAAUUACAGGCAUGUACGUUCUCCAGAAAUGUUUUAAUGAGUCUAAAGCACUAUGUGCCACUUCUUUUGAAAGAGAUGAAUCGGUGGUGUUGUGUGCUUGUGGGUUUUGAGUCUCUUAUGUAAAAGCAGUUGCGUCAUUGGCACUAUAAAUAGCUUGUGCCCCCUGCCCCUCCCCCGGUGGAGAGCAAGCUGGGGGCUGUCUGUCCCAGGGCCCUGUGUGAGUGAGGGGUGGGGCCUGAGCCUCCAGGAGCUCAGUGAUGUCACUGUGAUGUCAAUGCCCACACUGUAGCCAUGGACAUCGUUGAUUGGCAACCAGUGUGUUGAGAGAGCAGCAGGGGAACGCUCCUCCUGGACUAUUUGAGCAGAUAUGGCUGUUACUGGUGAGGAGACUGAGUCAGCUGCCACGGGAGACAUGCCGGCCUACCAGCUGCGAGGUCCUGCCUCCAGCCUGCCGCAGGGCGUGGUCAUGGCCGCCUCCCCCGCCUCCCUGCACAGUCCCCAGCCCCACGCAGAGGAGGUCACACGCAAGAGGGAGGUUCGCCUCAUGAAGAACAGGGAGGCAGCACGGGAAUGUCGGCGGAAGAAGAAGGAGUAUGUUAAGUGUCUGGAGAACCGCGUGGCCGUUCUGGAGAACCAGAACAAGACCCUGAUAGAGGAGCUGAAAGCUUUGAAGGACAUUUACUGCCACAAGAGCGAAUAACUGAGUCCCACUGGCUACAGACUAAUGCACACACACACACACUCUCACACACACACACACACACACACACACACACACACACACACUGCCAUAAACAAUCUGGGGCAAAGCUACGUUCGUCUUUUUUUCCUGGCCUGGUUCUUUCGGUUUUCAUGAGGACAGGGUGAGUUCCUGAGCUUUGGGGCGUGUCCCCCUUGGCGCCCAGCGGGAUGAUGGGAUAGGGCUCGUGGGAGGAGGAGGAGGAGGAGAGGCUACACCAGUGCCGAGAGAGA